CGGGUUAACCGGAAAGUUGCACCCGACGUCACGAAGUUACUCCUGAAGGUAGGCCUACCUGGAUAAGCCAGUUACCCCGCUUCGUAGUGCAGGCCGGUAUUUCCGCUUCUUUGUUUUUUGGUUCAAAAGCAAAAAUACACAAAUGAUCAAAACGCACACGGACCCUGGAGCGCAAGACAUAUGUGCAAGCAACAAUAUAUCUGAGUGCAAGUCAUUUUGAGCGGAGGCAGAGCGAUUCUAAGCGCAAGCAGGGGCUAUUUGAGUGCGAGGGCAGGGUUUUGAGGGAACGCGCAGGGGUGGUGCCACAGAGCUAGUGUAGAAGCAGAGUUAGGAGAGUCUGCAGCCUACUCUCUUGAAUCUUAAUAAAGACAGACAUGGAGCUCGGAUCACAGGUUAGUGCUGUGCGGAGUAAAAGGGUACUGGUUGGUGAUGAAGUCCGUCCGGCUGUCAUCGUAAUAAAGGACGGGAAAAUCCACCAAAUACUCUCAGACAAGGACGUUUCUGGGGACGGUGACUGUCAGGUGUUGGAUGUGGGUGACAGUGUGGUGAUGCCAGGUAUUGUAGAUUGCCAUGUUCAUGUGAAUGAACCAGGACGCACCUCCUGGGAGGGCUUCUGGACCGCCACCAGGGCUGCUGCAGCUGGAGGGGUGACUACUGUAGUGGAUAUGCCGCUAAAUAGCAUCCCUCCAACUACCACACUUGGUAAUUUUUGCGAGAAGCUGCAGGUGGCGACAGGGAAGUGUUUUGUGGACAUAGCCUUCUGGGGAGGUGUGAUUCCUGGCAAUCAGCUAGAACUUCGGCCCAUGAUCCAAGCUGGAGUGGCUGGUUUCAAGUGUUUCCUCAUCCAUAGUGGGGUAGAGGAGUUCCCCCAUGUGACUGACUAUGAUCUACACACGGCCAUGAAGCAGCUGCAAGGCACUGGAAGUGUGCUGCUGUUUCAUGCAGAGAGGGAUGUUCCACAGACCACAGAGGAGAAUGGCGACCCUACUCAGUACUCCACCUUUCUGCAGUCAAGGCCAGAUGUUAUGGAGAUGGAGGCAAUUCGCACAGUCACCCAACUCUGCCUCCAGUACCAGGUGCGGUGCCAUAUAGUUCACUUGUCCUCUGCAAAGCCAAUGAAACUGAUCCAGGAAGCACGGCAGGCCGGAGCCCCCUUGACAGUGGAGACUACCCACCACUACCUCUGCCUGUGUGCAGAGAACAUACCUGCAGGGGCCACACAGUUCAAGUGCUGCCCUCCCAUCAGAGGAUCUAUUAACCAGGAGCAGUUAUGGUCUGCACUGAAAGCUGGGCAUAUUGACAUGGUGGUGUCUGAUCAUUCCCCCUGCACCCCUGAUCUAAAGAAACUGGAUAGUGGAGACUUCACUCAGGCUUGGGGAGGAAUUUCAUCUCUACAGUUUGGUUUGCCACUGUUCUGGACUUCAGCCAGUAAGAGAGGCUUUCAGCUGUCUGAUGUGGUGAGACUCCUCAGCCAGAAAACAGCCCAGCUGUGUAGCCUUGACAACCAGAAGGGCAGCCUUGCUCCCGGCUAUGAUGCUGACUUGGCCAUAUGGGACCCAGAGAGAGAAUUUGAAAUUAAAGCAGCAAGCGUAUAUCAUAAAAACAAGCUAACUCCUUACCUCGGCGUCACACUGCAAGGAGUGGUGUGUGCCACCAUUGUCAGGGGGCGGCUGGUGUACAGAGAAGGCUCCUUCUGCCCCGAGCCUCUGGGGAAGCAUCUCCUCAUCCCUCAGAAGAAAAUGUGAAACUAUAUGAAAUAAUGACAGCAAGUUGUAAUAAACCUCAACAAAGAGUUAUUGUGUUGUUGAUAAGAGUG